UCAUUUCUUGAAAAAGGGAGUACUUUUCCUAAUUUGGUCUUUACAACUCAAACCAUUUUCUCUUACCUUGACUUCUUUUUUGUUUCACGUCAAUUCCAGUACCAUACAAUCAAUACAAAUUCUCCGUCCCCCACAAAUCCUAUUUCUACAUUCUGAUUCUCAAAGCAAAGAAUCCCAGUUUCUUUUCUGUUUUGAUUGAAUGAUUUCAAGAUCAAUUUUUUCCUCCUUUUGUGGUUGUUAUACAUAAUUCUUGAAAAAUGGCUUCACAAAUUUUCCCGAAGGUGAAGAGUGAAUCAUCGGAGAGUGGUGGUUCUGAGAGUGGAGCUGAUGAAAAAGGUGGAAAUAAUGAUAGUUUUGAAUAUUUUGGGUGGGUUUAUCAUUUGGGUGUUAAUUCAAUUGGACAUGAAUAUUGUCACCUUAGGUUCUUGUAUAUCCGUGGCAAGUACAUGGAAAUGUACAACAGAGACCCCCAUGAAAAUCCUGGCACUAAACCAAUAAGGAGGGGUGUUAUAAGUCACACGCUUAUGGUGGAGGAGUUAGGCCGUCGAAGAGUUAACCAUGGGGAUCUCUAUGUGUUGAGGUUUCAAAAUCGGUUGGAUGAGUCAAAAAGGGGAGAAAUUGCUUGUGCUUCGCCCGGUGAGGUCCGAAAAUGGAUGGAAGCCUUUGAUCAAGCAAAACAACAGGCAGAUUAUGAGAUUUCAAGAGGUCAGAGUGCAAGAGAUAAACUGAAGUUAGAGAGCGAGAUUAACCUUGAUGGACAUCGACCUAGAGUACGGCGGUAUGCACAUGGUUUGAAGAAGCUGAUAAGAAUAGGACAAGGUCCCGAGAACCUUUUGCGCCAAGCCUCAAGCUUAGGUGCCAAUGGUGAAUCAGAUGUGUACUUUGAAGCUGAUGGUGGAGAUGUAAUUGAAGCACAUGAGUGGAAAUGCGUUCGUACACUUGACGGUGUUCGGAUAUUUGAAGAUAUGGCAAACAAAAAGACUGGUAAAGGAGUUCUUGUCAAGGCCAUUGCUCUUGUCGAAGCUAGUGCAGAUACUGUCUUUGACGUGCUCUUGAGUCUUGAUCGACGUCGCAGAUAUGAGUGGGAUACAUUAACAGGGGAUCUGGAGUUGGUAGAAUCUUUGGAUGGUCACUGUGAUGUUGUUUAUGGGACACUUGAUCUCAGAAAACUUUCCUGGUGGCAAUCUAAGAGAGAUUUUUUCUUUUCUCGGAGGUGGUUUCAUGGUCAAGAUGGAACAUAUACAAUUUUGCAUUUUCCAACUGAAUACAAGAAGCGGCCUCCAAAAAGUGGAUAUCGACGUAUAAAAAUUAACCCUUCUUCUUGGGAGAUCAGCAAUAUAAGCACUUCCUCGUUAAAUCCUGCGAGAUGCCUUGUGACACUGAUUCUGGAGAUACAUUCUAAGCACUGGUUUAAGUGGAAGAAUAAUGAGUUCUCUAAAUUUGAGAGGACACUUCCUUUUGGAAUGUUGAGUCAAGUGGCAGGUCUGAAGGAAUAUAUUGGAGCAAAUCCAGCACUUACAUUUGAAUCAUCCACAGUAGUUCUUCAUUCAAAAACAUCUAGUGUUUCUACAACAAGCAAUGAGCUUGAGGAUACAGUGGGGUCAGAUGAAUUCUAUGAUGCAAUAGGUGACGAGUCCUCAUCAUCAGAUGAAGAUAGCGAUGAUGAAGUAACCAGUAAGAAGGACAAAAAAGUCAAGCUAAAAAACGUUUCAUGGGCCAUAGCAAGCUUGGCUUUAAAGAGGACAUCAGCACCAGACAUUAGUAAGGAACUAAAUCCUGAUGUACCUCCAUUAACUCUUGAUCCAAGUCAGUUUCACGGUACCAUGCGGCUGGGGAAGAGUGAGAGCGACUCUGAUUGCUGGUCGUCGCCAAGUGGUUCUGGGUUCAUGAUCAGAGGGAAGACAUACUUGAAAGACAGUACAAAGGUCACUGGUGGAGAUCCACUGCUCAAGCUUAUCGCAGUUGACUGGUUCAAGGUGGAUGAGUGCAUCACAAAUGUUGCUCUGCAUUCUAAGUGUCUUGUUCAGUCUGAAGCAGGGAAAAAACUUCCAUUUGUCCUCAUAAUUAACCUCAUGGUUCCGGCUAAACCAAAUUACAGCCUGGUUCUUUAUUAUGCUGCUGACAGACCUGUAAAAAAGAAUUCAUUGUUGGGUAAAUUCAUUGAUGGAACUGACUCAUUCCGUGAUUCAAGAUUCAAACUGAUUCCAAGCAUUAUUGAGGGAUACUGGAUGGUUAAACGUGCCGUGGGAACUAAAGCUUGCCUAUUGGGAAAGGCAGUAACUUGCAAAUACCUUAGACAAGAUAACUUUCUGGAGAUUGAUGUGGACAUCGGUUCAUCAUCUGUGGCAAGAGGUGUUAUUGGUCUUGUACUGGGAUAUGUGACAAGCCUUGUCGUUGAUCUUGCUAUUUUAAUAGAGGCAAAAGAAGAGGCUGAGCUCCCUGAAUACAUUCUUGGAACUGUCAGAUUAAACCGGGUGAAGGUCGAUUCUGCUGUACCAUUGGAGGGCUGAGGAUUUUUUCGUUAGUCAGGAUUAUUAAUCCCCUUGAAAUUGAAUAUAGUGGAAUCAUUACUAUUAAUUUGUGUACUAAAACUGAUAUCCUAACUCAUUUGGAAUUGAGGCGCAGUUGUCAAAAAUGAUAUACCAAGAACAGCGCAAAAUCGCAUGUUGUACGGAGAAAACCUGAUUCUUGAAACAAAAGUUGUAACUAAGAUGAAUGAUGUGAAUGCUCAAAAUCCCUAUACUUUUCAAGACAAAUAUAGUGAUUGUCACGCAUUUAUGUGAA